AUAUAAGCACCUUCCAAAGGUUCGUAUCAUAUCACAUGAACAUUCAACAUGAUGGAGAUUCUCAACCUAAUAACACUGCCUCUGCUAUUGCUACUAACAUUAGUCACAAAGACGGAGAGCCAAAUAAAACCCCCACUUAUUACGGUGGCAAAGCCUCCGCGUCCACUCUGUGGAUCACAAUUUGCACUGGUGAACUAUGCAUGUUCCAGGUUGCCGUUCCGCCAUGGAGCGCCACCGGCUGAUUCUCCUCCACCCCCAGACGGUGAAGAUGGUGACGGAGAGACGCACCACAGUCACAGUCAUCACAGACAUAACCACAGACAUGGACACGGUCACAGACACCACCACCAGACCCCUGAAGAAGAUAACUGUUGCCGGUGGGCGAAGGAAGUGGACAGCCAAUGUGUGUGUGAACUUCUGCUUCGCUUGCCACCCUUCCUUGUCAGACCUGUGCACCAGUACACACUCAACAUUGGAGACGCUUGUAACAUCACUUACUCUUGUGGUUCACCAAUCUGAGUCUUUUCUCGACUUUUUAAGGAUUAAUUAUGCUUUUAGUUUUACUAUACAUCAAUGUUCUGCAAAACAUUGUUUUUUUUUAAUAAGAUUUACUAUUAUUAUUGCAUAAAUACUA